AUGGCGAGAAUAAUUCUGCUGUGGCUAUUGUUUGUUGUAUGUUUGAUUCACCGCUCGUUAGGGUUUUAUUUGCCGGGUCUAGCGCCGGUGAAUUAUUGCAAGCGCGGAGAAACUUCUGAAACGUGUAAAUUAGAGUUCAUGAAAAAUGUUAAAUGUGCAAUUGUAUGUAAAAAAACAUAUAACGGAGGAAACAGAGAUUCAGAAAAAAAAUUGGAGUUUUUGAAAAAAGGAAUGGCGUUUAAUUAUCAGCAUCAUUGGAUAGUUGAUAAUAUGCCUGUUACAUGGUGUUAUCAGUUAGAAGAUGAGCGACAAUAUUGCAGUACUGGAUUUCCCAUGGGAUGCUUUUCUCGAGAAUCGAGAUCUCAAGUGGACACCUGCAGUAUCAAUGGUGCAUAUAACAAACCAAAAACUUACUAUCUAUUUAAUCACGUAGACCUUACGAUCACGUAUCAUAGCGGUGUUAAAGAAGAUUGGGGAUCCGCAUUUAAAGAAAAUGGAGGACGUAUAAUAUGUAGGGACCGAAGUAUCAUUUUACCAUAUUGUCAAACUCGCACUGUUAAAGUGGUUCCUCGUAGCAUUAAACAUACUCCAGGUACUCGUAUUCCUGACUGUGAAUAUAAAGUACCGUUAGAAAUACCACACGGUGCACUUCCUUCCGGUCAAGAAUUAUCUGUUAUUUAUACAUAUUCUGUGACAUAUACCGAGAACAGUACGAUCAAGUGGUCAUCUAGAUGGGAUUAUAUUUUGGAAUCUAUGCCACAUACAAAUAUACAGUGGUUUAGUAUCCUUAAUUCGUUAAUAAUUGUUUUAUUUCUUUCUGGAAUGGUGGCCAUGAUAUUGCUUCGAACAUUGCACAAAGAUAUUGCGAGAUACAAUCAGAUAGAAUCAGGAGAAGACGCACAUGAAGAAUUUGGCUGGAAAUUAGUUCACGGUGAUGUAUUUCGACCUCCCCGCAAAGGAAUGUUACUGUCAGUUUUACUCGGAUCUGGUGUCCAAGUGUUUUACAUGACGCUUGUAACGCUUGCAUUUGCGUGUUUGGGAUUUUUAUCUCCAGCAAAUAGAGGAGCUCUGAUGACUUGUGCUAUGGUUUUGUACGUUUGCCUCGGAGCCACCGCUGGUUACGUAUCUGCUAGAAUAUAUAAAAGCUUCGGCGGUGAAAAAUGGAAAUCAAACGUUUUACUCACGUCUAUGUUGAGUCCAGGGAUCGUAUUCAGUUUGUUCUUCAUAAUGAAUUUGAUAUUUUGGGCAAAUGAUAGUUCAGCUGCAGUGCCAUUCAGCACUCUUAUUGCUCUUCUAGCACUUUGGUUUGGUGUAUCUCUUCCAUUGACAUUUAUCGGAGCUUAUUUUGGAUUCAGAAAAAGGUCUCUGGAGCAUCCUGUAAGAACCAAUCAAAUUCCUAGACAAAUACCAGAGCAAAGUUUUUAUACUCAACCAAUACCUGGAGUAAUAAUGGGUGGAGUUCUGCCUUUCGGAUGUAUAUUUAUACAAUUAUUCUUUAUACUCAAUUCUUUAUGGCAAGUAUCAUAUUUUGUAUCAAACGUUAAUAAUCUUAAUAAUGUGAAUUAUCAAUUGUCUAGUCAGGUUUAUUACAUGUUUGGAUUUCUCUUUUUGGUAUUUGUUAUACUUGUAAUUACAUGUUCGGAAACGACGAUCUUACUUUGCUAUUUUCAUCUUUGUGCGGAGGACUAUCAUUGGUGGUGGCGUAGUUUCUUAACAUCUGGAUUCACCGCGUUUUAUUUAUUAGUCUAUUGCAUACACUUCUUCAUGACUAAAUUAGAAAUAGAAGAUGCUACGUCUACGUUCCUUUACUUUGGUUACACGUGUAUCAUGGUUUACUUAUUCUUCGUUUUAACAGGUAAGAUAUCACCUGUCUCAUCCUUGUUAAUAAUUUAUUCAUUUUUAAAUGACAAAUUAUCGUACAAUUGUAUUUGUGUAAUUUAAAUAGGGUCGAUUGGUUUCUUUGCCUGUUUCUGGUUCGUGCGAAAGAUCUACAGUGUCGUAAAAGUCGAUUAACGUACCGGAUGUGAUAUCGUUGAAAUAAACUGAACGUGGUAUGAAUAAAAUAACAAAAUAGUAAGAAUGAAUGGCAAUUGAUAGACCAGACUUGGAAAAGAAUUAGUUUCAACGUACGAGCAUCGAGUUCUUUUUAUGCGCAAGUGUUUUAUCAUCAACUUAUUUGUUAUCUCGAAUAUCGAUAUUCCACGCAGUUAAAUAAUUGCAGAUGCUACACUUGUUGUUUGUAUCAAUAAUAAUAAGUAAAAUAAUAAUUGUAAAUUAAAUAUAAAAAUACUGUUUGAUAACGAUAAUAGUCAUAAUAAAUGUUUGCAAAGACUUGCAUUUAUUUUGCAAAAUUUUCAACUGCGUAUAUUUGUCAAAGUUGCUUUUACGUAUUUUCUUGUUUUUUAAAACAGGCGCAUAAAAAGGGUUAUGAGUCAGGUUAUUAAUUUGAUAAACUACCUGAAAACCGACGAAAUGUUUGAAAUCUGUCAGCAUGAAAUUGAUACGCUUAUUGUUAACUGCAGUAAAGACUCUGUAAUUGUUCAUUUACGAAGAACCUGGUGAUGUAUUGUUGAAGAUGCGUGGUACUACAGUACGAUGAAAUUUUUAUUUUUAGUUUAUUUUCAUUAAUGAAUUAUUAAAUUUUUAUUAAAAACUGUUAUAAGCUCGUUAUUAUAAAAUUUGGUUAUUUACUUUCCCCCUUGUUCUCUUUCGUGUUCGUCAUUCGUCGGCAAAAUAUCGACAAGUUUAAAAAAAGUCACGAUUACCAGACAAUUAACUAUUCCAUUCCACAGCUAAUUUUCGAACCUUUAUAGAGUCUUUAUCGUACUUCUCAUUAUGCGUUCUUUUGAUAACUAUAUAGGUGUAUCAAAGCUAUGGAAAUACGUGUACACAUGUUACAAAUGAAUUGUGCAAUGCAAGCGUAAUGUAUAAUUACUAGAUACAUUUGUUUACGAUAAUAAACUGAUGAAUUAAAGAUAUUACCCAACAAUGUAAAUAAGAGAACUUUUUUGUCUCGCAAUCGUCAAAUCGUAUCUUUCUGAAAUCUUCUGAAUUACAAAUUUGGAUUGUAACGUAUACACACAUUUUUUAUCAUGUUUGUAAGACCAAGUUCUUUGCGAUUUGUAUCAUAUAGUUUUAAGUUGAAUAUAUUACAAAAUUUUUAAACGAUCGCGUAAUAGUUACCUAAUUUCGUUUGCAAUGUAACUAUAUAUAUAUAUAUAUCUGUGUGUGUGUGUGCGCGCGCGCGCGCGUGUGUGUGUAAAAUUAAUUUACUUUUGAUACACAUAAAUGGAAAUUUAGAAGUUUCUGAAUCACGACUUGAGAAUUGUUACGUGCUGCAUUCCGGUUUUUGAAGUAAUUUCCAAAAAAAGUUAUAGAAAACAAAUUUAUGGAAAUAUCGAUUCUAAUUGAUUUUAUAAUUAUAAUAUAAUUGAAUUAAUUAUAUUAUUCUUUUAAAGAGUUUCAAAGAACCAUGCUCUUUUUACGAUAAUUUUGCUCCGACUCGAAUAAAUCAAUCAUUGUAUGAAACAGAAUCAAAAUACGUAUGUAAAGUUUACUUUUUUUUUUUUUUUUUUUUUUUUUUGGCUUUUUAAACUGAUUUAAAAAAAAAAGAUUUACGUUGACGAAAAUUCUCAAAGUUACAAAUAGCUAUUACCAAUGUUAAAUUGUCAUUUUCAGUUUUACAAAAAGAUUCAAAAGGAGAUUAA